AUGGCUGACCCUAUUUCACUGGUGGCUGCGGGUGUAGGAAUCGGCGAUGUUGCAUUUCGGCUCAUCGCCUAUCUCAAAGGCAUCAAAGCAGCCGUUAAGACUAUGGAUGAAGACAUUGAAGGGCUGAUCAACGAGGUCGAAGGUCUUCAAAAGGUUCAUGGUCACCUCGAAAAGGAAUAUCUCAAGAGUAUGACUAAUGUUGACAUGGGAGAUGACGAGAGAGGCCUUUGGACAAGCACAGGACAAACUCUCAAGAACGGGCAGAAGCUUACAAAGAAGCUUGAAGAAUCGGUGCAGUCUAUCUAUGGUGAUCAUAAGCUAAUUACUGGAAGGUUGGAUGGCUGGGACAAGGCGCGUAAAAAGAGAAGCAAAGACAGCAUGAUAUCUGGACUUCGAGACCAGAUCAACACAUAUCAGGGAGCCUUGCAGAUGUUGCUCGGUUUCAUUUCCAUGCAGUCCACUCGCGAAAGUCACAAGGAUCAGAAUGCCCAGCUCGACAAACUGGUAGCUGAUUUCCAAGAAUUGAAGAGUCGAAUGGAGCAACAAGCACAACACACAUCGUUACCCUUAUAUGAAACUGUGACUACCACAACAGCCUAUCGUGACUUCAACAUGGAAUCCGUGUCAGUCGUGAAUCAGCUCGGUAUUGCAAUUGAUAACAUUGCGCACAAUCCAGCGUCCGACGCCUCGGUGACAAACGAACAUUUUGAUAUUCCGAAGCCUGUCGAUCCGUUUUAUACUGGUCGUGAAGACUACGCAAAACGCUUGCGCAGCUGGAUGUUACCGAGUCUUUCUCGAAAGCAACGCAGUACACCGGCCGUCAAGGCAGAGCAAAAACGUUUCAUUGUGUAUGGGCUUGGAGGCGCGGGGAAGACCCAGUUCUGCUCGAAAUUUGCUGAAGACAAUCGCCAAUACUUCUGGGGAGUAUUUUGGGUAGAUGGUAGCAGCCGGUCGCGGUUGAAACAAACCUUCUCUCAGAAUGUGUCAAAGAUUGGAAAAGUCGAUCCCAACGAAAAUGCUGCACUCCACUGGCUAUCAAACCUAAGUCUUCCUUGGCUUCUUAUCAUCGACAAUGCUGACGACCCCGACCUCAAGCUUGCGGAUUAUUUUCCACGAGGCAAUCGAGGUCACGUUCUCGUCACAACCCGUGACCCCGGGAAGAAGAUGUAUGGUACUGCUGGUGAUCGAUUUUUUGAAUUCCAAGGACUGAGUACCAGCGAUGCAAGUAGCCUACUGCUGAAAGCAGCCGGUCAGUCAGAACCAUGGGACACGGUCGUAUCCAGCAUUGCUUUAAAGAUUGCGAAAGCUCUUGGCUAUCUUGCGCUGGCAAUCACGCAUGCGGGUAGGGCCAUCCGCGAAGAGUAUUGUAAGCUGAGCGAGUAUUUACACUAUUAUGAGCGCCAAUGGGAAGCGACGAGACAGACCAGACUUCCAGUAAGAGACAAGGAUGCCGCCGACGAGUUGAGCGUCUUCUCAACUUUCGAGUUGAACCGAGAAGCUAUCGAGGACCGAGCGACAAGAGCAUCUCGAGACGCCCUUCAGUUGCUUGACACAUUUGCAUUUCUUCACAAUCAAGACAUUAGAUACGACUUUUUGCAACGAUCUAUCAAGAAUGCCCACGUUGAACAUAAGAAGGAAGUUGAGGAUAGGAUGAAUGAACGCAGCCAAGCCCGCACCCGACUGGUCGACAUGGUGCAAAGAAACCGCGUUCUUAGCCCUUACCUACCUCUACCAGAAUCGAAGUCCGCCCGUUCUACCCAGUAUGGACGUGAUAAGAAGGCGAUGAAUGAAGAUCGACUACGUCUAGCUUUACGGCAGUUGACUCAGUUUUCACUCAUAAUAAAAGGUCACAACUCUGAAAGCUACUCUAUGGUUAUAGAUCUUAAUAGAGUCGUUUACAAAGAUAUUUUAAUGGUCCCAUCAUGCUCAGCAACGACUCCGUAUCGUGUAGUGGCAAGGCUAUGA